CAGCUCUAAUCAUUGCAGAUGACGAAAGGGUCCAGAAGUCGAGCGCAAACAACGUGUUGAGCUGCCGAAAUCUCCUGAGCGGCUACGAGGCUCGGUAAAGCUUGUCUGUGUACACGAAGAGCUCAGUGAUAUCGAGACCAUGUGCGAGAGGUAGCGACGCGUUGUGCGCCUCCCUUCCGAAACUCCCGGCGUGCUUCAUCAGCUGCGAGGCCCGUGGAGACAAGUCGGCCAGGCACCAGAAGAUUAUCUCUCCUUCUUCACAAAGCGCCCGCCCACCAUGGCGACGCCAAUACACGUCGAAGACCCCUCGUACUCGACGACGUCCUCGGCCGCUGGCUCUACGGCCUUCUUCGUCUUCUCACUGCUCUCGAUAUGCGGCCUCGUCCUCCUGCUCCUGCGCUACUAUCUCCCCCUCCGCACGACACCCGCGCACGUAGUCGUCCCCGUGUUCCUCGCCAUCGCGCUUCCGGCUAGCAUUGUAGUGCUGCUUCCCAUCGAUCUCGCCAGCAGCGCGGGGACGGACACAGAUGGCGCACGAGGCAUCUGGUUGUCCGAUACUGUUGUGUACAAAUCAUGGCGCAUUGUAUACUGGCUCACAUUCGCGUUGACAUGGGCGAUCCUGCCGCUGCUGGGCGAGUAUUGCGAUUCUGGAUAUCGUGAGCCUAGGGCGAGAGUACUAUAUGCACUGAGGAGCAAUGGUCGAUACUGGGCUAUUAUGCUGGGGUGCGGUGUUGUUGGAUCUGUGUAUUUGAUCUGGUACAACGGGUUCGAGCUGGACACGUUCAAGUCGCUGGCUAUGGCAUUGGCGUACACGUGGGGUCUGAUUCUCGGUAUUUACCUGAUGGGGCAUGGACUCGUGGCUUUCCCGCGGAGCUUGUUCAGAUAUGCAAGCAUCAGCGGACGGCUCAAGAAGACUCAGGGUCAGGCACCGAAGCUUCAUGAGAAGCUUGUUGAGGCGCUGGAGAAGCUGGAUCAGUGCGAACAUCAGGUUGUGCAGCUCAAACAGAGAAAGAACAGCACCGCAAAAGAGUUCCAGGAGUGGAUCGAUGAGCUGGCCGACAAGGGCAGUCUACCGGAGAGCAGAGCUGGUACCGUCGGCCACUCGAGCGCAUCAACGAUCCCACCUGUCAUCACGGAACGGUACCUGGCAGACUUGACACGAAAGCUGAAGAGAGCUCGACACGCCAAGAACCGCUUCGAGAACGAAUGGGACAUCAUCGUCCGCAACGCCAUCCGUACGCAAGCCAUCCUCGAUUCCAAAGGUAGCCAACGCCUCGAAUUUAACAGCUUGGCAUGCCCGUCUCCACAACACUGGCACUCCCAUCUCUCAAUCCUCACGCCAUACACCCGCUACAUCCUACACGUCCACAUCAUCCCCGCGUUGACCUACUUCACCUGGUUCGUCACGAUCCUCGCCUCCAUAUCCAUAGUCUGGUCGGAAUGCGUGCGCGAAAUCCAAGAGAUCGGAGGCCACAAGCUGUCCAUAAUCGGCUGGACUGUCGUGCACCGGUCCUCGUCCUCACGAUCGCAAAUCGGCUUUGGCGGCCAGGUCAUCGCCGCCUCCUGGCUGUGUUACAUGUGCAUCUGCGCCUUCUACUCGCUCACCGAGGUCAAGAUUUGGGGCAACCGCGCUCUUGUUCGGCGAAACACGUACCAGGAAUCGGCGACAUGGUACGGGCUCCAGGUCGCCAAGCUCACAGUCCCGCUGAGCUACAAUUUCCUCACCAUGACAGACAAGCCGAUCUGGAGCGAGACCAUGUUCCAUAAGUUUCUCGGCCGGCUCAUCGAUUUGAGCCCGCUGGGCAAGAACUUCUCGGCGUUUUUCCCCAUCUUCAUCCUUGUUCCUGUAUUUGCGACUGCUUUCGGCUUGUACGGCAAGGUCAGGAAUAUUUGCGGUUUCGGCGACCUGCUUGAGGACGAGGAAGAUGAGUCCGGGGCGUACGCGGGGAGUGGCUCAUGGCGCGAGGGCCGCGCGCUGAUCGAGCGUGAAAUCCAGGGCAGCAGUGGGAAUGUGCUGGGCUUGAGUAGUCGGAAUGACGCGAGCACGAGUCUGCUGAGUGAGCGGUAUACGGAUAACACAGUGUCGGCUGCUGGCGGACCAAGUAACAUCGCAGACAUGGUGUCGAAUGCGCCGGCACCACGGACACGACCGGCGAGGAGCAGACCGAUAGUCGAGGACGAUGAAGAUUCAGGGAAUUUCUUUGAGAACUUUGCGAAUCGUGUCAAGAAUACCUUUGACAGCACGGACUUCACGAUCACACGGCCGGCAUGGAUGGGCGGCGAUGACGAGGUCGAUGCCGGGCGAAGAGCGAGGGGGGCGGAUAGCGGGAACGGGUUCCUGAGUCUAUUCGGCGGGCGAGCUGAGGAGGGCAGGGUCCGGUUAUAGACUGUAUAACUCGUGGAAUUUUCUGCAUCGCGCAGCAUAGGCUUGACAAGGCGUUCCGGGCUGGUCAUGAUUAGCCAGCAUCAUUGUUCAUUUAUAUGUCUAGCUUAGAAUUUGUAAUACCGUAUCAGUGUGAGCAUCAUAUCGUAUCAUACGGCAGUCAGCAUGUUGACUACAUACUCUCAGGAGGACCAUUCAUCUCGAGCGCUCACCAGUCGAUAUGCAAGGUGAUGGCAAUCCUGGACUGUUCGUCUGUACCCCGCAAGAUGGCUAUAUAAAC